AUGUCAGACUUGGAAGCUCUCCUGCUUUUCAACCGCAAACGAGUGUCUUCGGAAAUGCUGGAAUUUCUGGCCUCGACCACAAACUCGGUUAUACAAGUGCCGGAAGACCAGGGCAAAUCAGCAGCACCGGCGCUGGUGGAAUUUAUUCGCGGGCUCGUGGUCCAGUCUAACGUGCAAACACCCACGUUGAUGUCGACCACGGUGUAUUUAACAAAGCUAAGGUCUAUCAUUCCAGCAAACGUGCACGGCAUCGAAACUACCCGUCACCGUAUAUUCCUGGGAUGUCUGAUUGUGGCCGCCAAAAACCUGAACGACUCCAGCCCGCUGAACCGUCACUGGGCGUCCUACACCAAUGGGUUGCUGGAUACUCGGGAAGUGAAUACUCUGGAGCGCGAGUUGCUGGAAUAUUUCGAUUGGAACCUCAGGUUUACCACGCAAGAUUUGGUAAUGAGCCUGGCGCCGUUCCUGGCACCCAUUAAGGCUCAACUGUUGGCCCAAAAGCAAGAAUUGUUGUACUUCAACCUACCGACUUUGCAGCAGUCCAAAGCGUCGAGUUACCGCAACGAUGUACACUCCCGUUCCUCGAGCAAUUUUUCGCUUCCUUCGCUGGUGUCCAGCAACACGAUGUCCACCAUCUCUACAAAAGACUCGCGGGAUUCUAGGAAAACGCCCCUCUUGCCGGAAUCACGAUCCAGGCAGAUGAACCGCAUUGACGAAGACUCAAGCUAUACGCACACCCAGUAUCAAAUUAAGACCACGACGCCUAGGUCUGAGAAAAGCCGCAUGACAAGGCCUAUUAUCAUCAAGACUGGUUUACAAACACCGGUAGAGCAAUCCUCACAGCCAAGACGGUUUGGUAUUAGGUCGGACUGGGCGUCUAUCUUCAGGUAG